AUUUCCAGUCCUCACCAGAUGGUGGCGGUAGAGCUCCUUUAUAGUUGUUCUGCCAACUUCCACCAGAGAAGAAGAAGCAGAAGAAGAAGAAGAAUGGCGGGUCCGGCGUCCGGCACCGACCUCCAGGCGCUGACGGCUCCUUCCAAGCGACGGCGCCUCCUCAAGCCUUCGGCCAUCGUGCCCAUCCCCGUCUACUCCAGCAGGGUGAGCAGCAGCCUGCAGCUGAAGCCCGCGGCGGCGCUGUUCCCCGGCGAUGACGUCUCAGACCCAGCAGAGAGAACUCUCUGGUUCCCCGGUUCCGCUCAGAAGCCGCGGCUGCCGCUCCUGGACCUCAGCGACUCUGAUGAGGAACCAGAACCGGGUCAGCACCGAUCAGAACCCGCAGAGACGCCAGUGUGUUCCGCAGAGAACCCCCGCUGCCCGUCUCCUCCGGCGCCGGAGAGUCCGGUCCAGAAACCGUCCAGACGGGCCACGCAGAAGAUCCGGGAGAUCAACAGGAAGCUCCGAGCCGUCAGCUCUCCGGAGCCUCGGGCCCGCGGGUCCAGACGGUACCAGACCCGGCCGUCUGACCCGGACGAUGACGACGACGAUGAUGAUGUCAUCAUCCUGAGCCCGGACUCCCAGGGCGCCGUGUUCCGAUCCGACUCGCUGCACGAGAUCCCGCUGAAGAUCCGGUUCCGAACAGACGUCCACAAAGUUCUGGUGCUGCCGUCGACCCGGCUGGGAGACGCAGUGGGUCAGCUGGCCCGCACCCUGCAGGUCCCGCCUGCGCGCCUCCUGCUGCUGAAGGAGGCGCAGGAGCUGCCGACCGGCGCCACGGUGGGCGAGCUGGGCCUCGGCAUCGCUGACAUCAUAGAAUGCAUCGUGGUCUCAGGGGAGGAGGCGAACAGCAGCAAGAUCACGGUGAAGCUGCAGAGCCGAGACCGAGACUCCUCCCAGGAGUUCUCCAUCAGCCGGGAGGCGCCGCUGAGCUCCAUCUUCUCCCGGUACCUGUCCAGCCUACCUGCCGGCGCUCACAGGAAGGCCCGCUUCCAUUUUGACGGCUCCAAGGUGAAGGGCAGCCAGACGGCGGCGCAGCUGGACCUGGAGGACGGAGACAUCAUUGAAGUCUGGACCUGAGAGUGAGCGGCGGCGCCGGUCUGGUUCUGGGAACGCGGUUCUGGGCUGAUCCAGUCACCGUUGUUAUUAUUUUAGAACGGUUCUGGUCUGUUUGGCCACAGUUUUAGUUUGGAUCAGUAAAUAAAGUUCAGAGAAAUAAAAGUUCAGGAGCGCAAAUCUUUAAAAGCUUUAGUUUUGACCUCAGCCUGAUUGGACAGCUACGGAUCAAACUGGCCAAUCAGAGCAGAGAUCACCUUUAAAUUGGCAUCCUCGGGUUCUCCGCCAUAUUGGUUCCUUAUUAGGGUAGCAGGCAGAACCCUCAGCUCCUGGGUGUCUGAUCCGGGCUCCAGCAUCUUGUGACAGACCGGCUCUGCAGGUGAAGCCAGGUGGGUCAGCAUCCAGGUGAACUCUUCAUCAUCAGCAGACGCGUUCUGAUUGGAAGACGCUCCAGAUCAUCACCGUGUUUCCAGCUUCAUCUCCAGGUGAAUCCCACCUGGAAUCGAGCUUCCACUAGAACCUUAGUCCCGCUCCUCUGGUUCCCCUAACGCUGUUCUGGACGUAGCAUAAUUUAUAAAAAAAAUAUUCAGACCCGUUGAAUGUUUUAUUAAUUAACUGAUUCCAUUCAUUUUCCCCUGAUAAAAGAUGUAACUGAUUUUUUGAGAUAUAUUUAACAAAGCCGCGAUGUUUAAUUGUAAUAUUAGAAUUUUAAGGUCAAGACUAAAACCUUGAAGAGUUAUGUUUAUAUGUAUUUAACUUUUUCUCACUGAAUCUGUUUUUCCAGGGUUUGUAUUUUGUCGUCUUGGCUUGUGAAUAAAAUUUCUGCUGCCAUAUCUUU